CACGGCCACCCUCCCUCCCACAGCCCGGGGAAGGAGGAGUUUAACCCCACAUUGUCUGGGAGGAGUCCGCAGUCUCUUGGCGCUCCGUCCCAGGAACAUUUGCUCUGGAAACAGAGGACUCGUGGAAGUACGCUACACGAAAACCCGAUUUUUAUGUUUCUCUUAAAUGCAACAGCGUUACAUUCAGCGGUCGCGAGGAGGGAAGCACGUGGACACCGGGAGAAGUAUGUUUUAUCAGAGGAGACAUUAGCCGAUGAGCCAGAGGACGAAGGAAUGAGUUUGUUUUGAGGAAUGAGGCGGAGGGAAGCUUGCACAUAGGAGCUCCAAUCUGAGAAGAGAACUUCAGACAGGCAGCGAUGGGGAAUUCAGAGAGCCAGUAUAGCAUCCAGGGCCCCAAAGGCACCAGCUUUGUCUUCCCUGGGAAACCAAAGCCAUAUUCACUGAAGCUCCGUUCAGCCAAAGAUGACGCUCUGUCGCCCCAUACAUGGUGGAAAAGUGCCCCAGUGGGUUCAGGGUACAAGUCCAGGUGUGUUGGUCGUGGCUGUCUGUCCCCUCCUAAAAGCCGGCUGCCUUACUCCCCUAGGCACUGUGACUACGUCUCAAAGGGGACACGGGGCAGCCCAGGUGAGCAUCGCUGGCAUCGAUCGCCUGGAUGUGGUAUUAGAAGGCGGCAUAUGUCAGACGAGUACGGAGAUAAUCCAUAUGGGGCUGAUGUUAAUGGGUGCACCCUGAAUGGACACAGUGAUGAGCACGAGGCUUUAGAGGAGCAGAGCAGCCCACGGGUGGUGAUCAAGAAAGAUGGCAGUCUCAGAGUGGAGUUUACCAACACCUCGGGAAAUCCCCUCCUCCUGGAUGGGGCUUCUGGCCCCGUACAGCUCCUCAAGUUCUCCCCCAACCUAGAGUCUGCCUCAACUCCCAGUCUGCCUGGCUCAAGUGGUAGCAGGCAGGACGGCCACCGCAGCGGUCCCCCACCAGCCUCUACCUCCUCCACAGCCAGGACCAGCAAAGGAAGCUCUCUUAGCUCCGAUGGCUCGUGGUAUGACUCUCCCUGGGGGCCCAGCACCGAGCUAUGUGAGCAGGACCAACCCUGCUCUGCCAGCAGGACACUGGUCCACUCCCCCAUCCACCAGCUUGACACCUUCACUGAACAGUCUCCCCCUGUGUCCAUCACAGACCUCUACAAGGACCCCACAAUGGCUGCCACGUUUCCCACAGCCAGGGACCUGUCCCAGUUACAGGACCCUACACCAGGCCAGAGGCCCCACAGAGCCUCUUUUGCAUCAGUCCUGGAUGUUCCAUUGGAGGAAGAAUCUACUGAGGCGUGCCAGUACUCAUCAUACACGCUGCCCUGUCGCAGGCCCAAAGCCCACACUCUGAGUGAGGAUCUGGACCAGUAUCCUGACCAGGAGCAGACUGGGCCUGAUUUCAUCUUCCAUAAGAAAGACUCCAUCAAAAAUCGCAUCAGGCGAUUAAGUGACUGGACAGGAAGCCUCAGCCGCAAGAAGAGAAAGUCUCAGGAGACCAGGUACAAAGACCUGAGCGAUGCCUUCGACAGUGGGGUUGAUGGCCUGACUGCAGACACCAGCUCCCCCUCCCAGGUCUCUAGUCUCCUCUGGUUCCCAGGAGCCUCCAGGGCCCAGUCAUCAGGAGCCAUUCAUCAAACGACCAGCGACGCCCUCCGCCAGAAUAUCUAUGAGAACUUCAUGAGGGAACUAGAGACCGGCACUGGACAGGGAGGAGGAGGAGGUGGAGGUGGCGAGAGAAGAGACCCAUCAACAGGCACCGAAGAGGGGGAGAGCAGCAGCGAGUCGGCCGAGGGCUCUCUGGAGCAGCUGGAUUUGCUGUUCGAAAAGGAGCAAGGGGUGGUCAGACGGGCCGGCUGGCUUUCCUUCAAACCCCUCGUCACCCUGCACAAGGACAGGAAGCUGGAGUUGGUGACCCGCCGCAAGUGGAAACAGUACUGGGUGACCCUGAAAGGAUGCACAUUGCUGUUCUAUGAGACUUACGGUAAAGGCUCUCCGGAGCAGGAGCUCUCACCUCGCUACGCCCUCCUGGCCGAGGACAGCGUCGUCCAGGCCGUCCCCGAGCACCCCAAAAAGGAGAAUGUCUUUUGCCUCAGCAACUCCUAUGGAGACGUCUACCUCUUCCAGGCCAGCAACCAGACCGAUCUGGAGAACUGGGUGACAGCCAUCCAUUCUGCCAGUGCCUCGCUGCUGGCCAAGCGCCAGGGGAAGGAGGACACUGUGCGCCUGCUGCGGAGCCAGGUUCGCGGCCUGCUGCAGAAGAUCGACAUGGACGGGAAGAUGAAGAAGAUGGCAGAGCUGCAGCUGACGGUGGUCAGUGACCCCAAGAACCGCAAGGCUAUUGAGAACCAGAUCCAGCAGUGGGAGCAGAACCUGGAGAGGUUUAACAUGGAUCUGUUCAGGAUGCGCUGCUACCUGGCCAGUCUACAGGGUGGAGAGCUGCCCAACCCAAAGAGCCUGCUGGCAAUUGCUAGCCGCCCAACCAAAUCCACCCUGGGACGCCUGGGGAUCUUCUCCGUCUCCUCCUUCCAUGCACUGAUCUGUUCCAGAGAUGAGGCCACACUCAGGCGGCGCUCGUUGUCCCUGACUCACAGGCAGCGCAAGAGAGGCCUUUUCUCCUCGCUCAAAGGCCUCGACAACCUCACGAAGAGGGGCCGGGACAAGAGGCCUUCUGCGUCCCAGAUCUUUGAGAGCGAUGCUGGAGGUCAAACGUACGCCCUACCUCCCAGGAGCACUGAGAGGCUGGACAUGCUGGCCAGUAUCUACUCUAUGUCGCCCCCUGAGGGCGGUGUGUGGGACAGCAUCAGCGGUGCCACAGACGUGUUGACGUGUGUCUACAUGCCAGACGGCCUGACAGUCCAAGUUCCUGUCAGAAGGGACCAGACAGCGGCCGACCUUCUCUCUGCAGCCUGCAAGGUGAAACAGCUGGACCCGGGCCUGCACUGCCUGCGACUGCACAGGCAAGCGGGGGAAAGCGUGGAAGUUCGAUACGUGGGUCCCGGAGAGCUCGUUUGUGAUGUGGUCAAUGAUCAGUUGGAGGUGGUCCAAGUUAAUGUGUUUACGCUGCACAUGAGCAGGCCGAGCGGCACCGGAGACUUUGGUUUUGCAGUAACAGGACACAUCGACAGUCAGAAAAACAGCAGGAUUUUUGUCAGUGAAGUGCUUCCUGAUGACCUGGCAUUCAAUGAAGGUCUGCGUCCAGGCGAUGAGAUCCUGGUGCUGAACGGUCGCUGUGUGGCGGGCCUGGACCUGGCGCUGAUCCAGACGCUGUUUGCCGAACAAACCCUGCACCUGAGCCUGAGGCGGGACGGACCCCUGCCGUUAACUCUGUCCUCCAACCACCGGACCCUUCCUCUCAAACACAACCAGGAGGUUCGCAGCAAGCACCACAGAGCCAAGUCCUCCUCAGAUGUGUGCACUGCAGCUGAUGGUGCUGAGUCCCCGUGUGUAGGACUGGAGAACGGUCACUCCCACUGCGCACACAGGCCUGUACAGCACAGCAAGAGCGUGGACACAGUGUGCACUCUCUACCAAUCCUUCCAGGAAGGAACGGGCUCAAGCACCGGGGGUUUGAUGGAUGACACCAAAGGACCUCCAGCGAGGCAGGGAGGGGAGGUAGGGUCUGGUCCCACGCGAGAGGCCACCCUGCUUAGACCUUGCCCCAAGCACAUGAGCGCCACUGAGAGGUUACGUAAGGUCAUCCAGGAGCUGGUGGACACAGAGAAGUCAUAUGUCAAGGACCUGGCCUGUUUGUUUGAGAUCUACCUGAAACCCCUGCAGAAUGAAACCUUCCUCACGCUGGAUGAGAUGGAGAGUCUGUUUGGCAGCUUGCCAGAGAUGCUGGACUUCCAGAGGGUCUUCCUGCAGACCCUGGAGGAGAGGAUCGCCUCCUCGCCUGACUUCAGCACCCUGGAGACCCCCUCACAGUUCAAGAAGCUGCUGUUUUCUCUCGGGGGUUCGUUCCUCUACUAUGCGGACCACUUCAAGCUCUACAGUGGCUUCUGUGCUAACCACAUCAAGGUCCAGAAGGUCCUGGAGAGAGCUAAGACAGAUCAGGCCUUCAAGGAAUUCCUUGAUGCGAGGAACCCCACUAAGCAGCACUCAUCCACCCUGGAGUCCUACCUGAUUAAACCCGUGCAGAGGGUGCUCAAGUAUCCCCUGCUGCUCAGGGAGCUGGUCUCCCUCACUGACGCCGACAGCGAGGAGCACUACCACCUCACCGAGGCUCUGAAAGCCAUGGAGAAGGUGGCCAGUCACAUCAAUGAGAUGCAGAAGAUUUACGAGGAUUACGGCUCCGUGUUUGAUCAGCUCGUUGCUGAGCAGACUGGCCACGAUAAAGAGGUCACAGAGAUUUCGAUGGGAGAGUUUCUCAUGCAUUCCUCAGUGGUCUGGCUCAACCCUCAUACAUCGUUGGGUCGCAUGAGAAAAGACCCUGAAAUGACCGUGUUUGUGUUCAAGAAAGCGGUGAUAUUGGUCUACAGGGAAAACAACAAGCUGAAGAAGAAGAUGACCAACCCUCGUUCAGCGCUUUCUCAUGGAGAUUCGGACCCCUUUAAGUUCCGUUGGCUCAUCCCGCUCUCGGCGCUUCAGGUCAGAUUGGGAAAUACUGCAGGAACAGGCACAGAAAGCAGCUGCAUCUGGGAGCUGAUUCACUCCAGGUCUGAGGUGGAAGGGAGACCAGAGACCGUCUUCCAGCUGUGUAGCAGCGUGCCAGAGAACAAGGUCAACAUCAUCAAGGUGAUCCGCUCCAUCCUCAGGGAGAACGUGAGGAGGAACAUGAGGACUGAGGGCACGUUGGAGAGGGGCGGUAAGGAGCGCCUGGUCCCCCUGCGCAGCACCCUGCCCUCCUCCGCCAGGCUAGGUUCCACCAGGGCCUCCUGGUUGUGUAAGCAGCCGCCUGGAGAUCUCUCCACCCAGGCUGGGAACCUCAAGCUGGGGCCAGACUCAGACGAGGGGAGCCUGAGCAGUGGAACCUACAGUUUUUCUGGGGCUCCUCCAACUUGCAACUCCUCUGACUCGCAAAUCCUCCCUGUCCAGCAGAACUGGUCUCAGACACCUGCAUCGAACUCGCAGCCCCGCUCCACCUCUGCUGUGAAAGAGUCUGAUAUUUUGAGUGAUGAGGAUGAUGACGGCUUUAGCGAGGGGGGAACAAGGCGGGGCAGUGGAGACAGCAGUUCCCCAACUAGCGCCAUUGAGGCUCAGUUCCUCCAACUUAAACUCUCAGAGGACUCUGUGUCGCAAUGUGCACCGGCUCCCUGUGUUCAACCUGAGAGAGUCGGGGACACCCCAGAGACCCAACCAAAACUGAUGCGAGGACACUUCAGUGCUGUUAAGAGGAAAACCAACAGUUUGAGGAAGAACCAGGGUGCACUGUUACACAUGAAGGCACACAGCAGGUCACUGGACAGCCAGACGGAUGCAGCAUCUACAUCGGGGGUCGUGGACCUCAACACAUUGCUGGAGAGGGAGUUCAGCGUCCAGAGUCUGACUUCUGUAGUGAAUGAGGACUGUUUCUAUGACCCAGCUGAGAGCUGUGCCACUGACUCUGGGAAUGCCACCUCUUCAUAGGGGAGUGGAUGGACAGAGGUGAGACUCUGACCAAAGCCCCUGUGGCUCACUACAGGCUGUACCAGUGUGGCUGUGAAGCUGUGCCUCAACCCGGAAGUCGGUUUAGUGGGUCACACACCUGCCUGCUAAGUUAGGUGUACGGUAUCUGUUCAGAUGGAAGCCUAUUGGCUGACAGACCAGUUUCUCCCCCUUGAGAGGUUAAGAGAGGUGAUUUCUGUCCUAGUGUUAACUACAAUGAAUCUGCCAAGCACUGAUGCGUUCCCACGAUUUCCUCUGCUCUGUGCUUUUUUUCCUCCCAACAAACUGUCUUGAGUGACGUACUCCAUCCUAGUUUCCCCUGCAGCUCAUACUGAUUGGCAGUUUUUAUUCAGUUUUUGACCUUUUCUAUGGAGAAAUGGGGAGAAUGUCCUCGGUCUGUCAGUCUCAAAAGUUAAAAGUUAAAAGAGGAGCAAGGUCCACAGUGCAUAUAGAGUAACAGUACACUGAGAUGAAAUACAUCUCUAGAGGCAGCCACACUGGUGCUUGGCACAGUUUGCCAGGCUGCAGGCUGACUCACACAAAGGUCAUGGGCUCAGGCUUGGUAAAGUAUUUGUAUUUGGUGUCACAGAACCAAACACUGUUACAAACUGCAUCGUAGGCCCUGUUUGUCCCUGGUGUUAACAUGUGUCUCAGAUGAUCACAAGUGGACAGCGCUAAGUACAAGUGUCAACGACCACCAAGACGCAUUGAGCUCUGAUCACUCAGACCACUUGCGGAGGUGGUCUGGCACACAUUUGACCACAUAUCUUUUGUAGUGUAAACGCUAAUGGCCCCUGACAGUGACUACUUCAUCAAUGCAGGACGUGGUUGUUUUAGUGAGAGUGCGCUGAUGCUCUAUGACUUGCCCAUUUUAUGACGAGUUGGACAAAGUGUUGUGUCACUGCCCAUCAUUUUGCCCUAUUGAAUCAGACGUGUUGAGUUCUGCAAACAGCAAUAUCCCCAGCUGUAUGGAAACAACUGCUAAUGUGACUAGUGAGAGUGUGGACAUAAUUACUUUGAGUGAGCCUUUUGACUUCUGUAAGUCACAUAACGAAAUCUAAAGUGGUCAAUUGACGCAUGAUACACACGUGCGAACGGCGAUGUGUCUCAGCUGUCCACUUGUGUUCAGUUCACUAAAACGCAUGUUCAUACCAGGUGUAAACAGUUUAAAAUGAAAUGGAAGGAGGCACUGAGUGAAGGCUACCACAGACUAAUAGGAUCCACCCAAAGACAUGCAGUGGUCAAGUCAGACUUCCUGAAAAGAGACGCAAUGGCCUAAAACAGGAAGGUUGCCGACUUUCGCAACUAAGCCUUUUUGCUGUAUUUUGUGCACUAAAGUACACUGUUUGCCUAUAUAUUUGAAAUAUUUUUUAUCUGUACAGGUUUUAAUGUUAUUAAUGCUGUUUUUAUUUAUUAAUAGGUUUGAUUAUGUAUAUCUUAGAAAACUAACUUUUUGGGUGAAGGCUUGAACUGUUGGCUAAAGAUUGGUCCAUUAGUAAAUAAAUACAAUGCAAUACCGCUUGUCAUUUUUUCCCACUUCAUUUUAAAUGUAGCCUACUGGAUUUUGGUUGUCUUUUCCUGAAGAUUGUAAUUUCCAGUGUAUGCAUUGGAAGUGUUUCUGAGAGCUGGCUGCUUAAAUUGAAUGGUUUUCAACUGCAAUAAUGUUUCAAACCCAAUGUUUCUUUUUAUGUUUGUGUCCUGUACAUAUUAUCUUUUCUAUCUUUGAAACAUUUAUGUAUCCUCUAAUACAUACUUGACACUGUACAGGUAAGACACGAGGCAGGAAUAAGCAAUAAAUGCAGCAGAUAUUUUUGUAAAACCUUUUGUUUGCCGUAGCAAGAAGUACAUGUUGAGGUACUAUUAAAAAAGGCAAACCACUACUACAUUCUUUACCUUCUCAGCUCAACUUUACCAUGCCUUUAAUGCUAGCAUACCAAUGAAUGUGAAUGCCCUGUUCUUAUGGAAUUGUUUUAUAAAUAAAAGUUUUAUCUGUGAGUGACGCCUGGAGAACAA